AUUAAAUUGCUUUUUAAAGAUGGACUGUGAUAUCAUGUGAUCAGAUUGAGUGUGCUUUCCAAAUACUGAAUUAGAAUGCAUGAUGUACAUUUUAAGACUGUGAUAAGUUUUAUUCAGAGUGAAAUAAACGCAUGACUCUUAGGAAAUUCUAAAAAAUACAAUGAUCAGUACUUUAAAAUAGCUUAGAGCUCAUCUACUAAAAAAUUGAUGCUUUGCUUUAUUUAUGUCUAUGGAAUGUGUCUUUUUUGUUUUUCUAUUUACAUUUUGUAUUUUGUUUACCAAUACACGCAAAUAGCCAAAACUAGGUUAGGAAUUACGAGUCACAAAAAAUGUCCAAUUCCCAUUUAUUUCUUCAAGCAGGAUUUCUAAGAGAACCUCUAACGAAUGGAAUAGGAAGAGUUAUUGUACAAUUACAGCGGAUUACUUUCAAAUUUUGUAAAUAUAAUGGUGCCAGCAAUGGAGUCAGAGAAUUUCUGGAAUCAGAUUUACUGGAUUUUGCCAAUGGUAAUCCAGGCAUUGUUGUUUACGUGAAACCCCGCAGACAUCACUCCCCGAAUAUCACAGCUGAAUAUCUAAAUGGUGAGCGACAAGUCAUCAGCCUGCACAAUUUCACACGAGAUGAGGUGAACAAAUGGGUCAAGUUCCUCCGCACCCAGUCUGGGAACCCAUUCAUACGCUUUCGAAAAAUGAGUCAGACUGUAAAUCCAUCUAUCCAAGGAACAUGGACUCCAUUUACAAACAGAAAUCCUGACCUCAACGUAGUUGAAUUUCCACAGGAAAUGCUCUCUCAUCCUGUGAAUCUUCCGCGUACUGCCACAGAACAUCUUCAAGAAAUUUUUCGUCGUCAACAAGGUGUUUAGCUUAAUAAGAAUGAGGUUAGGUAAUUUUAUUUUGUCAUUGACUGUUGUAGGUUGUUGUUAAAUUUUUUUUAAUAUUCAACUAUGCUUUGAAUUUUCUAAGCUAAUCUCAAAUGUUAGCAGGAAAGCUUUGUAGUACAUAUUGUAAUAAAUUUGUAACUAAUAA